AUUCUGUUGGCAUAUUUUAAACUAUAGUUGCACACACACUAUGCUGGUGGAUUAAGUGAAGAGGAAAAUCAUGUUUUGCGAAAAGAUAAGAUCUGAUUAGUCGUUGAUUUGUUAAUCCUAGUAUAGUUUGCUUAGUUGUGAGAUCUCUAUGCAUUAAUCGUAGUAAGAUCUGCUAAUCAAAUGGAUGACCUAAAAGCAUUGCUUGAUGCAGAGCAGGAGAAAGUGACCAAGUUAAAAGCUCUUGUGGUAAAAGAGAGAAAAGUUAACACAAAAAUCAAAUCAGAAUUGGAAUAUCUAAAGUCACUGCAUACCAGGACUCAUCAAGAAAGUGGUGGAACCGUUGAAAAAUUUGAUAAAUCGUGUUAUACUUCUGAAUUUUUAAAUGAAUCCACUUUCAUGAAUGAGGCACUACCAUCAGAGCUUGUAAAUACAUCGGUAGAAAACGCUGUAUUUAAUGAACAUAAAAGGAAUUUCCGUGUGUCAACCAACGAUAUUGAUGAUAAGACGACUGAAUAUGUAACUAAAAUUCCUGUUUGUAUAAUUUCAGCCUCUUCUUCUUAUGAGACGUCCUCUAAGGAUUCAUUGCAGAGUUCUGACAAACAUCUACAUGUACCCUGUUUAAAUGAAACAACUACAGUUCCUGUUAGCUGUCUAUGCGUUGCAACACAAGUAGACAACUUAAAUAAUUUUGAUGGUAAGGAUUCACCAUUGUUACAACAGUUUAACACUGCAUUACAGUCAUUAAAGCUCGACAAUAGAAGUAAUCUAUCAAAAGAUGAAUUAAAAUUGGUAUUUACUGAAUGUAACAGAUUAUUAGAAGAGAUCGAUCUCUGUUCAACUGAUAAUUAUCAUGUACCUUUUAAUCAUUCCUCAUCAAAAAGUGAAAUAAUAAAGCUUGAAAAUUUUUGUCGAAUUCUACCAACAGAUUUAAAUCAAUAUUCUCACUCAUUAAAACAGUCUUUUACUAAGCAAAAAGAAGAACGAAAUUCUCGCCAUAACAAACUUUCAAAUGAAUUAAAACAUGUUCAUUCAGAUGAUGUGUGUGGUGAAGAAUUACAUAUUUUAGAGCAAAGAGUAAAUGAGUUAAAACAUAGUGUUGAAUAUGCUGAAUCUUCAUUUAAUCAACUAUCAAAUAAGCUUACUUCAGUUACUCAUAUAAAUGAAGUGUAUAAUGCUAAAUUAUUACAAUUACAAACAAAAUAUAAUGAUAAUUCAUUGGAUAUGACACAAUCAUUUGUUAAGUUGAAAAGUUUAUUAUAUGAUUCUUUUUUAUUACCGUUGAUUAAAUACCAUCAAGAAGUAAACAACAAUAAACAAUGUAAUUUGAAUGUGGAUUAUUUUAUUUGUGAUAAUUUUCAAGAUGAUACUGUUAGUAAAGUUGCAAAGAGUUUAAGCGAUUUCCUUGAUGAAUUGAAACAAACUAUUAAACACUAUUACACAUUCAAUAAUAAGUGUAUUACAUCGUCCAAUGCAUGCAUUCCGACUGACUAUAAUGAAACAAAUAUUGAACAAGAGAAACUGCCGUUGGAUAAAUUGAAAAGUACAGAAUCUGAAUUAAUUAAUGCGAAUAAAAAGAUUCUAAUCUCUGAGAAUCUAAUUUCAGAUCUAAAAAGUCAACUAAAAAAUUCUGAUGAAAAACUACAUCGUAUGAAAAAUCUUUUAGUUAAAGUUAAAUUAGAUGCAACUGAACAACAGAAGAAACUUUUAGAAUUCCAAAAAAGUCAAUCUGUAAAUGUUGAAAAUAAUCAAGAAUUGAAUCGUCUGACUGAAAAAUUAUCUAAUACUGAAAAGGAGAAAGAAAAUUUGGUGUGUAGUCUGACACAAUUGCGUAGUGAAUUAACUCAACAACAUGUCUUAUGUGAAAAUCUCCAAAAUGAUAAAUGUUUAGCACUGGAUCGACUUCAAAAGUUACAAAACGAAUAUAAUGCAUACAAAGUUAAGGCUCAACUUGCUCUAUGUAACGUACGCACUCUAACCAAUCAGGUGAACACAACGGAUACUAAUAAUAGUCCUAAUUGUGAAGGGGUGAAUACUAACCAAUCUGAUUUCGAAAGCAGAUCAUUUUAUUAUUCAAAUGAAUUAGAAUCUAUGAAACACAAUCUUUUUGACGUACAAAAUCGUAUGAAAGAGGCUGAAUUGCAUGCGUCCUUAGCACAAUCAGAAUGUGAUUUGUUAAAGAAAGAAUUGAUCGAAGUGAAAACAAGACACACUGAACUGUUAUGCCAAUCUCAAAAACAAAAGCAAUCCUUAGAGGACCAACUAAUGUCAAUAACUCAACAAUGUGAAAAUCGUCUUUCUGCUGAAUUUAAAGAACUAGAACAAAAGUAUACUAGUCAACUACGUCAUUAUGAAGAACGACUUAUGCUGCAAACUCAAAAAUAUGAAAGUGAAUUGCGUCAAGAAAGAGAAUUAUGGGAGACAAAAUUAGCCAGUAUCAUUCACACAAACCAUUCACCCACUCAAAACUCGUACAGGUACGAACAGGCCUAUGGUCAUCGACGGAAUUUCUCAAUACCUGAUAAUUUGAAUCCUUUAAGCGCAAACUCUCACCAUAAAAGAGUUCAAGGAGAUGGAGCCGAUAAUUCCAUGAUUUCCCCCGUGGAAUCUGAUUCGGAAUCGGAUCAUGCAAUUAGGAAUUGCUCUCUAAGUCACAGUGGAAGUGAGCAUUAUUCAUUGGCAGAUGAAGAAAACUAUAAGAAGUCUGUACAUCGAAUCACCAUACCUACUUUGGAACAACUUCUUAAUCAUCCCAAUCAAUAUUCACCAUCUGAAAAUAUGUCAUCUCAGCAUUCUGUUAAAUCAUUUCAAGAAGUUCGUAAUGUUCAACCUAAUCAAUUAGCUGGUUUACAGUCUGCUUUAACCAAUCAACAACGUCGAGUUGAAUAUCUUUCUGAAUUGUUAAGUGAAAGUGAAACAAAUGUAACUCGUUUAUUUGAGCAAAACAAAGUGUUAAAAGAAGAAAUUCGACGUCUUGAAAAUAAUUCCAAUCCAACAUUAAAAGUACAAUGUACAGAAAAUCAAGAUAUCUUGGAAUUGAACAACUCUCUUCAUAGUAACACUAGUGUACUUGUUGAACAUUUGAAAGACAUCUUACUGAAAUUUAUAACACUACCCAAACAAUCUUCAGAACGUAAUCAUCUCAUGCGUGCGUUGGCUACAUUUCUUUCUUUGAAAUCAGACGAGUUUAAAUUAUUAGAAGAGGGUUUAAAUCACAGUGUUACUUGUUCUACAUCUAAUCAGCAACAAAAUCUCUCUUCCAAUUGGAGUAGUUAUAUCUCUGCAGUUUGGCGUCAGUAAAGAACAAUAUUUAAGAAGGGAAGCGUGCAAUAUUGCUUUCAAAAUAACCUUCUGUGAUAAAUGUGUAUUCUUAGUGACAAAUUUUUAAUUUACUGGUUGUGUAAUAUCUCCCUAUCAGAAAAAUAUUUAAAGAUCAAAUCAACUCCGAAUAUUUAAUCUAUGAUUUUGUAAUUGUGAUCAUUAUACCAUUCUUGUUGUUAUAUCACAUCACUUUGAUUAACUCUGUUUGGUUAUUUUUUAAAGUUAAAAGCAGUUAGUGUGAUACAUUCUCUAUUUAUCUAAACUAUUUUUCACAUGUAUGCAUUAUUAUCUUAACACUUUGAGAAAUGAGAAGUGUUUUCUUCACUUUCACUCUUAAAAAUUGGUUUUUUCAAAAGUUGUGGAGCAUAAAUUCCUUAACGAAAAUAUAAUUGCAUUAUGUUACACGAAAUAUAUCUUACUCAAUUCACAUUCGGCACUUAAUUUUUAGGAUAACUGACAAAAAAUACCUUCACAGUGUCGCUGCAUAACAAAAUCUUAAACGUAACAAGUGUUUCCCUUUAUAUUCUCCAAUUGUGGUAAUUGACUUUUUACUCUAAUACGAGUGAAGUUAGAGUACGAUGUUUUACGUUAAUGAGUUGUAGUUUGGAUGAGUUCUACUAACAAAUAAAUGGUCUUCUCAAUAAAGUGCUUCAAGUCGAUAUUUCUAGUGCUAAACGCAGAUUUAAAUUUGCAGAUCGGGCACCUAACUACGGGAAAGUAGCUUGCGUGGUCAACGAGUGCUUGAUGUUCACAGGUCAGAUAACGGUGACCCUCUCCUGGUCGGACUACACUCUGUUUGCGGCUGAGACCAUCUCCUUGUGUAAUCACCCUCAAUGUGCUGUCUAGCGUCCUGUUAGCAACUCAGGCCGGAAUUCAGAAUGAUCUCACCAGGUUCGCCUACCUCUGGGGUAGUUGUGUACGAAACCGUCAAUCUUUUUGGAAUAACUAUCCGGAACUGGAUCAUGCUCCGGUUUGCACCAAGCUUAACCUGGACUUUAGUGCCCAGCAAACGUCUGGUCUUGAACUGACUGAUACCAGUAAAUUGACUGUAACUUCUGUUACAACCGGAUAUCAGUGUAAGGUUCAAGACUAGCAGUCAGUUCGCGGAAGAGUAUGGAUAAGCAUUGUGCGUCUUCAUAAAGCCAAGUCGCUUGCAGUUCAAAAAACCCGUUCAUAAGUCCUAGGUUUUUGCAAGCUCGCCCAUCCACUCCGACGAACCUCCAGUUUGAUGACACGCAGAUUUCUACGUGACGGAACUUUAUGAAGUUGGCGAACAGCCGAGAAACCGGGUAGUGUAAGCGUGCUAACAGCUUCGAAGCAGCAACUGCAUUUGUUACUGUACGGAGUUGUUUGAGCUCACUCGAACAAUCGGCAACAAGUCUGGCGUGAAACAAUUUGUGAAGUUAGUGGGACACUAGUUAGCAACAUCUUGUUUGAUAGGGAGUGUUUUCAAGGAACAGUUCAACUGAUCUGUUGCACCUACGAGAAGCGUCAAUCAGACUAUCCUUCCUGGUCGAUGACUGCUGAUCCACUUAAUAAGUCGGAAAUUAGUCAGGAACCUUAACUACUGAAGCCCCACGAGUUACCAGGUCCAUGCAAUCUAAUUUUGGUUAUUUUUAAGGAUAGUAGUAGAAUUAUAUUCAAGUAACUGACUGGAUUGUUUGGAAAGAUUUAGGAAUCGGAGUAUUCUGAUCACCCUGAAUAUAAUAAUCUAUAACCUGUCAAAGUUGGCGAUCCUAAUUUGCGUUAUCAUUCGAAAAACGUGCGAAUUUAGCGUAGUAAAUUUGAAAGUACCAUCCCCAGUAGUCCAGGAUUAUAAGAAUAGGUCCCAUUGGUUCAGCUUGAAAAACGACAAGAAGGCUAAAAUACUUAUUCAGAAAAAUACAUAUCACUUUUAUGCAUAUUAACUGUCAGCUAUGUACUUAGUUAUGCAGGUAAACUCAGUUCAACGUGUGUGGCCUGAUUUCGUUUGACUACUAGGUAGAAAUUACUAUAACCUCAUUACGUCUGUUACUAAUUUGUCGCAUUUUCCACUACCGGUUGAUGUCUGUUCCGCCUUUUUUCGAAAUGACUAUAAUCAUUUGCUAAUACUGUAUAAAUUUUACUAAAGCUUCACAUAGAUUGGCUCAACAUUAGUACGAGAAGUGCCCGAAUAAACUGUCUGUAAUCAAAAUAAAUCGUACAGCAGCCACUUAAAAAUUGAAUGUUCAUUGUAGCCUAGUGUAUUAGGGAAAUAUGGAACGACAAAUCAGUGGCCUGACCACCCUAUGUACUUUACUCAAAUAUACUUGCCUACGCCUGUUACCACUAGUGGAGCAUAGGUUGCUCACCAGCAUUAUCCAUAGAACUCUGUCCUGGGCAGUCCUUUCCAGUUGCUAUUUAUUCUUUUGACGUUUGCCUCGAAUUUUGGUACAACAUUGUCUUUGGUCUUCCACAUUUUCUUUUUCCCUUCAGGGUUCUAAGUUAGGGCUUGCCUCAUAAUCCAGCUUAAUUUCCGUAAUGUAUGUCCUAUCCACCUCGAACGUCUUUGCCUAUUUUUUUCAGCUGGAAGUUAACUUGUUCUCAUAGUAGGUGGUUGCUGGUGAUAUCCGACCAACGGAAAUUGAGUACCUUGCUUAGACAAUUGUUUAGAAAUACUUGUACGUUUUUUCUGGUUUGUAGUAGUUCUCCACGUUUCAGCCCCGUACAAUAAAACUGUGUUGACGUCGAUAUUGCAGGUACUGACUUUGAUGUCGGCCAACAGUUGUUUUUAGUUUUAUAUAUUCUUCAAAUGUAGGGAUGCUGUCCAGGUACAUAAAACUUUACAUCCCUUGCAGAGCUUCUCUAUCAAGUGUGAUUGGGUUGGUGCUGUGUUGUAUUUCACGAUCUUACUUUCUCGCUCGUGUGCGUUGAGGCCUAUUACCGCAGAGGCUGCUGAUACACUGGCUGUCGACACCUGCAUUUGUCGCUGUAUAUGGGAUAGAAGGGACAGAGCGUCUGCAAAGUC